AUGGAGGGUCGUGAUAAAGUCGGAAGCCUCAACCUGGAGCAAAACUUGACAUCUGGAGAGGUCAUAAGCAAGCCUUUAAUAGGGUUACCGUUUUAUGCAUAUCUGGUGAACGUUACCAUUGGCAUGCCACCACAGAAUUUCUUGGUACAACUUGACACGGGUUCGUCAAAUUUAUGGGUUCCAUGCUCGACAUGCCCGUAUUCGAACGUACAUUGCUCUGUUCAUAAUCAGUUCAACUGCACUGCUUCAUACACCUGCAAAAAUACGCGAUCCCCAUUUCGUCUCAUCUAUGGAACGGGUGCUGUGCGUGGUCAUGUCCUCAACGAUACUGUCUGUGUUGGUAACCUUCCACAAGAGCGAUUAUGCACGAAUGCCUUGCAAGGUUUUUCGUGUAUCGAGCAAGGACCUGGCGACGAAUUCAUUGCUCUACCAUUCGAUGGUGUUCUUGGUAUGGGACUGGAUCCGCUUGCUCAAAACAAUAUCUCUCAAGUAUGGAGUCAAGUGUUCGCUUGGCCAGAUUGUCCGCAAGCGAUAUUCUCGUUCUGGAUUAACCAAAACGCAUCUUCUGCGGGCAACGAUGAACUGAUCCUCUGUGGUAUUGAUGAUACACUUUAUGAGGGCCAGAUACAUUGGGCUGAAGUAGAAGACUCGAGAUAUUGGAUGGUCCGCAUCAAAGAAGUUGACUUUGGUGACCAUCGGCUUGAUCAUCAGACAAUCGCUAUUGUUGAUACGGGAACAUCGCACAUAUUAAUGCCAAAAAUGCAGUUCCAGAAGGUGCUUCAGUUGAUCGGAAAUGUCACACAAGAUGAACAUGGAAUGUUUACUGUGAAUUGCUCAAGACUCCUUUCUUUACCAACGCUUCAUAUCGUUUUCACAGAUUUCGCUUUUGACUUGGCCGCCGUACAUUAUAUAAGGCGGAUACCGAACGGACAGUGUCAAUUGCGUAUUGGACAACAAAAUGGUUCAUUUUGGAAUCUUGGCGAUACUUUCCUUCAAACUCACUACACAAUCUUCGAUAUUGGGAAUAAACGAGUAGGAUUUGCCCUGCCCGUUAAGUGA